AUGCGGAUACGAUUCAGCUGCGUGGCAUUCGUACCUCCUGAUGCACAGCUGGGAGUAGUGGGGUCCCCUAACUUUCUGGGGAGGUGGGACCCUUGCCGCUGCCUUCCCUUGUUGCCAUACAGCUCUGUUCCCGAGAGUGGCACGGAACCAAGCCUCUGGUUUGCAGAUGUAGAGGUGAGUGAUGAGGCUGUGCAACGCUGCGGCGGGCCUUCAGGCGGACCAUCAGAUGCCUGCAACGACAGCCAACCACACAAAGCCUCUUCCGAGACUCGUGACCAAUUUUCAGAUCGGCUAAUUGCAGCAGUGACCCGAACAAACGGCCACCCAGCUCGGAAUAAAGGCUCUGGAAGCAGAGGAGCUUCGUCUUACGUUGCAGGCGAUGAAGCCUCAAGCCUGGCAGCGGCUGCUGCGUAUCGCGUCAACCUGAGCGCCCCAGAGAUUGCUGCAGUUAUGGACCAACACCCCUUCAAGCAGUUGAAUUUCGAAUACAAGUUCAUAGUAUGGAAUCUCAACAAGCGGGUGACUCCGUAUGUACCUGACACGCCGGGAGAGGCCUUUCAGUGGUGUGCCUACGGCAGCCCUUCUUGCACCUGGAGCACCUGGCUGUUUCCUCCACCCCCAGCUAACUGCACCGAACCCCCCAGGCAAGGCUUGAGUGUUGUUUGGGAGGGGUACGGGUCGAGCAGCAACAGAAAGUUCGUGUUUGACCCAAUGGACGUCGUCUUGGACAAGUGUGAAACUGGAAAAUUGGUAUCCUUAUACCUCUGCAAAAUUGCAAGGUUUGAGGACCCAAGAGUGAGAGGCUCAAGCGAGUACGACCACACCACGCGGUUUUAUAAUACAAUCAAGGCGGAGGCGCGCAUGCAUUAUUCUAAUAUUCUGCCAAACCUCUAUGUUGGCUCAUGCCCCCGGCAGCUCCAACAUAUCCGCCACCUUAAAGAAGACCUGAAGAUCACGGCCAUCUUCAACCUGCAAACCGCGAAUGACAUCAGAGAGAACUUUCCAGACCCGACUGCCAGCACUCGCACACUAGAAGCUGUGGGCCAUCUAUACGAAUCCGCUGGCUUGCGUUAUGUUUGGAUGCCUACCGAGGACAUGAGCGACACCUGCCGCAAACUGGUGGUGGCCCAAUGCGCCUUAGUCCUUGAAGCCUUGCUAAAGAAUGGGCACACUGUUUACGUACACUGCAAUGCGGGAGUGGGGAGGAGCGUUGCCGCCGUCAGCGCAUACCUCUGUUUUUCUGUAGGCCUAGACGUCCGGAAGGUCAACUUUCUGGUUAAUGCCAAACGGCCAGUGGCCUAUUGGGACGAGGAGGCGAUAAAGUGUGGCGAAACGGACUUUCAGGUCAAAUUCGCAUCCUCAUUGUUCAAUGCCGCGCAUAGCCAAGCGAGCGACGUGGGCGCCAUAGACUAUCGGCGGCCCUUUGCACUGACUGUCUCUUGUGAAGAAUCGCGCCCUUUCCGAGAGUCCGCGUGCCUGGGCGGUGCUUCAAGCGUGAACCCGUGCCAGGCGGAGAGAGCGGCACCCGUGAUGAAUAUUCAAUCGCUCAGGCUCUGGAUCGCUGUGUAG